AUGCUACCUCUAUUGAAAUUGCUACUUGGUGCUGCGCUGUGUGUUGCUGUUAUCGAUGCCAGCUGUAAUGUCUGCCAGCCGGGUAAUAAUGUGGCCUGUCAUAGUCAAAAUCGUUAUUCGCCUUGUGUAAACGGCCAACCCACCAAGGACUAUAAAACUUGUCCCGAAAAUUUCGUUUGUACUUCGGCCCUUUUGAUAUGUUAUCCGCGUGAACAUAAUUUGGCACCAAGUUGUCAACGAAUUGAUGAAACCAAUGUUGCACCGGAUGAUGGUAAAAACUGUGGCGUCUGUGAUAAAUAUAAAGUUUUCGCUUGCCUCAAUGAAACCACAAUUGCCUUUUGUUUUGGUGAAGAUCGGCCAAUGGAGGGACACAUAUCCUAUUGCCCGGAGAAAACAGUGUGUGAUAUCACAUUGGAAAAUGGUUUCUGUAAUGAUAAAUCAGUUGCGCGGCCAAGUUGUAUUCCAGGAAACGGCGAAGUUGAUGUUGCAACGAGCACUCCCAUAAUAACAACAACAACAAUGUUACCUACCACAACCACAACAACGAUGAUACCCACCACAACUACCGUGAUGCCAACAACUACGACUACAGUCAGUACAACAACCACAAUGAUGCCAACAACAACUACAACAGAAGCCAUCACAACUACCACAAUGAUUCCAACAACAUCCACAAUGCCAACGACCACAACAACAUUGUUGCCAACUACAACUACCACAGAAGCAACUACAACAACCACUGAAUUGCCAACAAUAACAACAACUACCACAAUGAUGCCAAUCACUACAACAACAACGGAACCCACAACAACUACAAUGCUGCCAACUACAACUACCACAUUACAGCCAACAACCACUACAACAACUCUGGAACCAACUGCAACAACCACAACAUUGGAACCCACAACUACCUCAUUGGAACCCACAACUACCACAUUGGAACCCACAACAACCACAUUGGAACCCACAACUACCACAUUGGAAACCACAACUACCACAUUGGAACCUACUACUACCACUACAACCAUGGAACCCACAACAACAACCACAAUGCUACCAACUACAACUACCACAUUAGAACCCACUACCACCAUCACAACUAUAGAGCCCACAACAACAACCACAAUGCUGCCAACGACUACUACAACAACAUUAGAACCCACUACAACAACCACGAUGCAGCCAACCACCACAACCGAACCAACCACAACAACUACUACGACUGAAGUUCCCACAACAACUACCACUGAAGCCAUCACAACAACCACAACGAUGCUGCCAACACCAUCCGGGCCACGUACACCAAAUGAAAUAUGUCUCGACGAGGGAGUACCUGGAUUUUUCCCACCCGAUGAUGAUCCAACGUGUACCAACUUCGUUGUCUGCUAUGGUAAUCCAUUGAAGGGUAUGCUGAACACCUGCUCCACUGGACAAUAUUUUGAUCCAGUGCUGAAAUUUUGUUCAACAGAAAUACCUCCAGGCUGUCCAGGGGGAAGUUCUACAACUAGUACUUCUACAACCACUGCACCCGAACCCAUAAUUACAACAACCACCACCACAACUACUACCACAGCAGCUCCUACAACAACACCAACCACCACAACUACGACAACUACUACUUCUACUACCCCGGCAGCACCUACAGAACCUCGUGAUCCAAAUCAAAUUUGUGUGGAUGCUGGUAGUACGGGUUCAUAUAAAACCGAUGAUGAUGUUACCUGUACGAAGUAA